AGCAGUCAGUCAGUGAGACAACCAUGCACAUCCUCAUCAUAUUGCUCUUUACGAGCAUCAUCUCAUCGAUUCAAGCAGAUCUUUGUGCUCAUUGUGAUUGUGAUUUUAUAUCUCAUACAGUUGUAUGCAACCGCCCGUCUCUUUUAAUUCGAACAGUAUCGAUGCUUCCAACAAUUCGACAACUUCAUCUUAAUUCAUUGAAUCUCCCACAACCACCUCAUUUCUUAUUUCAUCCAAAUCUUCGAGUACUUCGGAUGAGUCGAUGUGGAAUGCAUGAGAUUCCAGGAAGUACAUUUUUACCACUGCCAGGUUUGGAGGUGAUCGAUCUCUCAAACAAUCAUCUAGAAACUCUUCCACCUACAGUACUUCGCAGUCUUAAAUUUCUUCGAGUCCUUAUACUCAGUAACAACCGAUUAUCAAAUCUGGACCAACUCACAUGGAUUCUUGCACCGGGAGUUGUUCUUGAACAAUUAGAUUUGUCUGGCAAUCCAAUUGCAAUUGCAACAUCAAUGACUGUUUUUCCACCUGUUCGACAGCUUUUCCUAUCCGAUACAAGAAUGGAAAGUGUGAAUGAAACUGCGAUUAUGUUCAAGAAACUCCCCGGAAAAUGCGAUAGAGAUGUGUGCCGUCACAUUCCAAUUCACAAUUUGAAUGUUUCAAUUAUCACUACAAUUGAUUUUUCAUCGAAUCGAGAUUUGGAAAUCGAUUCCGGCGCAUUGGAUGUGUUUUCGAAUGCAACAUACGUGGAUUUGAGUAAUACAAGAUUGCCAGUUGGAUUUGAGGAAUGGUUGGAGAGAAAGAGUCGAGUUAAAAGCUUAAAUAUCAGCCACUGUCAGCUUCCCCUUCAUGAAGACACUUGGACCGCAUGUGGUCAAUUUCUCCAUUCUCUCGAUAUAUCCGGAAUCGGUGCAAAACGACUGAGAUUCUCAAGAUUUUGCCCAAUUCGAUCAGUAUUUGCCCGUGAUAACUUGAUAUCCUCCGUGUACAUUGACGCUGUUUCCAUGGAAUCUUUGCAUUUGGAGAGAAACAUGUUUAGUGAAUUCCCUAUUCCACCACCAGGUGUUGAGUUGACCGAGCUUCAUACAUUGGGAUUGAGCCAUAAUUUGAUGACAUCGUUGCCUCCGCAUGCUCUUCAAUCUUACCCUAAUUUGCAACAUUUCGAUGUUUCAAGCAAUCAGUUGAGCGAGAUAGAUCCUCAAGCCUUCCCAUCAAUUGGACUAGGACUGAUAUCACUUGAUUUAAGCUCCAAUCAACUAUCUUCUCUUCCUCAUCCAAUUCUUCCAUCCCUGCUACUGCUGGAUCUUUCCUUCAACACAAUUUCUCAUUUGGAUCCACAUUUCUUUACGGGACUUCCAAUGCUUCAACAACUUCGAAUCGCUUCAAAUCCCACUCUAUUCUCCAGAUGCCCAAAUCGGGAUUCUCCGUGUUGGAGUGAUCAUUUGGAUGAGCUUACUUCACUUGUUGAUUUGGAUAUUUCGAAUUCAGGAUUAGAAUUCUCUCUUCAUUGGAGACAUUUGAGAACUCUAAAGUCACUGAUUCUUCGAGGAAAUGAAAUUCGAAUUAUUGAUUCAAAAUCACUUCCAGAGAAUUUGAGGACUCUGGAUUUGGGCGAGAAUCGAGUGCAAUUCACAUCAAACUUUUCGAAGUUGGAGCAUUUGAGAGAUUUACGAGUUGAUCAAAAUCCUCUCCGAUGUGAUUGUUCCCUGUAUGACAUUGUGCCACAUCUUCUAAAUCAAAGUCAAAUAUCUGAUCCACUACUCUAUUAUUGCUUCUCAGGAUCCUGGCAAUAUCCCCUACUUCCGUAUCUUGCGUCAGUAAAGCCAUGCGUUGACACAACUCGUAACUUUUAUUCAAUCCUAAUAACCACAUUUAUCAUCGCAUUCGCCAUUGUGGCAGGACUCAUUGGUGGUUUCCUAGUGUAUAGAAAGUAUGCGGAUCGAGCCAAUUUUGUGUACAAAAGGAUAUCACUUAUGGAAUCGCCAGUCAGAUUAUAAGUUCUUUAUAAUCUAUAUACGUUAUUUUGAAACGGGUUACUUUAUAUUAUCGAUGUUUAAAUAAAACUGUAUGUAUAUCAUGA